CCCCCACUACAAAUACAAGUGGAAACCCUUCCUCUCUCUCUCUCUGUCUCUCUGUGAAAGCCGUCGUAUGGUAUGAGAGCUUGGCGGUAGAUAGAUAUAGGCAUGGGAAAGUACAUGAGGAAGGCGAAGGUCUCGGGGGAGGUGGCGGUGAUGGAGGUCUCUGCCCAGUCCUCCCUCGGCGUCCGCACCCGCGCCCGCACCCUCGCCCUCCAGCGCCUCCAGACGCCCUCCACCCCGGACUCCUCUUCCUAUCUCGAACUCCGCAGCCGCCGCCUCGAGAAGCCCCCGCCCCCCGCCCCCAAGGAGGACACCGCCAACCCUAAUAACCCUAGCCAUCGAACCGGGGCAAGAGAGGCGAAUUCCGGCUCGGUGGGCUCGGUGUCGCUGAGGAGCUGCCCCAACUCGAACUCCAACUCCCAGAAGGGGUCCGCGCCGCCCCCGGUGGAGGUCCUGGAUGCCUCGCUGGAUGCCGAGGUCUCUUUCGGGGAGAAUGUUCUCGAGGUCGAAGCAAGGGACAGGAGUGUCAGGGAGACCACGCCUUGCAGUUUGAUAAAGGACUCGGAAACCAUAGGGACUCCUGGUUCUACAACCAGACCUACGAACUCCACUGCGACCAACCGGAGAAUGCAAAAUCCAAUGCGCAGGAGCAUCCCUACCACCCAUGAAAUGGAAGAAUUUUUUGCUGGGGCUGAGCAACUCCAGCAACGAAUAUUUACAGAGAAGUACAACUUUGAUCCUGUUAAUGACCACCCACUCCCUGGCCGGUAUGAAUGGGUGAAACUGGACUCCUAGACUGUGGAUCCUCAUCUUGGUGCUGCUUCAUUUCCUACAGCUUCUCCAUUGAUCUCUGCCCAGGGUUUUCAAAGGAGGGUGGGGGUGCAGCAGGGGUGGUGGCUAUCACUACUCUUUCUUUCUUUAUAUGUUGUAAAUUUCCAGAAGUCCCAAAGAUAGAUUGUAGUCCAAUGGUCUGUAACCCAUUUGGAGUAGAUGAGUUACAUCUAGGUUCAAACUCACUGCACUCUAACAGAUGGUGUAGAGGGGUGGAGUAGGGGUCAAUCUUUUUCAUAAUUUUCCUUGAUAGAACUGGUGUUAUGUAUUAGGCUCUUUUGUUGGGUAAGGGGUAUACCAUGCUGCAUCUGAUCCUGUAUUUUUGUCUAUACUGCUGCUGAUGAACCUGAAAAGCUCAUUGGGAAAUAAAAUGAUCCAUUUGCCUAUGUCUUC